AUGGGAAUGCUUUGUUCAGUUAUCAGGUUUGAAAAUCUCCAUGAACUGAAAAGACUGUGCCACUGGGGCCCCAUCAUAGCUCUCAGUGUAAUAGCAAUAUGUUCUGCCAUGGCUAUGAUCGAUGCUGUUCUGUGGUACUGGCCUUUGGAUACAACAGGAGGAAGUAUCAAUUUCAUCAUGCUCAUCAAUUGGACUGUUAUGAUUCUCUACAAUUACUUCAAUGCCAUGUUUAUUGGGCCUGGAUACGUUCCCUUUGGAUGGAAACCAGUAAGCAAAUGAGAUAUCUUUUUUUAACCCAUCACUUUUUUCUUUUUCUUUUUGGGUGAUCACAGCUUCCUUCCCAAACCUACCAGAUCCUAGCCUAGAACAGGAUCUCUGGACCUAGUUUUAUGAUCUGUAGAAUCAGGUCAAGAUGGGAGCUGAAUUUUCGCAGAGCACAAUAGGAAAUUCACCGAUAACUCGGUCACCAUCUUGAGCAAUGUUUGUUGAGUAUGAAAUCAGCACCACAUAUAUGAAGUCAAAUUCAGUGAUCACCUGGUGACCUCUGGUGAGUAAAAAUUGCCUCCAGGUGACAAGGUGUACUGACUGUGCAUUAUCUGCCAGUCAGAUUACUCUCUUCUAACGGGAACUUUCAAAAUUUUCUUUCCUUGGAACAAGAUGGUUUAGAAACACGUUCCGUUUCUGGUGGCUUCCUUGUAAAUAAGUCCUGUUGACCAAAGCGGUACAUACAACCUAAUUUAAUGUGUAUUUACUUACUAGGACUGCAAAGGAAGGGAGAUGUUGGGAAAAACAACAACAGGACAAAUGCCUAGGACAGAGACGGGAACCUUUGGCUCUCCAGAUCCUACAGGACUACAGUACCCAUCAUUCACCCACCAUUGGUCAUGCUGCCCAGGACUGGUGGGAGAUGGAGUCAAGCAACAUCUGUAGGGCCACAGGCUUCCCACUGCUCGCCUAGGAAUUUCAGUUUUAUCUUCUGUAAAUUUCUGGCGCCCCAUAGCACAAGUGGAAAUGUUAAUACUUCUGGGGAUUGGUGCUUAAUUAUGCAAAUGAAUAUAAUAUACUGAAUUCUCCUGCAAAGUUGGUAGUGCAGGGGGAUUUUAUGGGUGAAGGUUGAGAUUGCCAUCUCAUGACUACUCAACGCAGUUAGAGAGGAAGCUACACCCAGACAGAAUAGCAAAAGAAAGUACAGACUGUAUGUUAGAGACUUGCUCCUUAUUUGCCUUCUUUUUUCUGUUUUUGAGGAAAACUCUCAGGACUGCAUGUAUCUACAGUACUGUAAAAUAUGCCAGUCUUACAAGGCUCCCCGCUCUCAUCACUGCCGAAAGUGUAACAGGUACAACUGCUUAUGUUUGUAUAUUGUUCAAGUGCUCGGUUAAUAAUCAUAUAAUACCCAGAUCUGCUAAAAAUGGGGUUGGAAGUGGCCACUAAUUAAGCUUUAGCAAUUGGGAGUAGGAAGGACUGGCUGGUGGUGUGUUUGUUGAACAGGACUAUUAAACUUGGAUUGCUUCUUAGGUGUGUGAUGAAGAUGGACCAUCACUGUCCCUGGAUCAAUAACUGCUGUGGGUUUCAGAAUCAUGCCUCCUUCACUCUCUUUCUUCUGCUAGCCCCUCUUGGAUGUAUCCAUGCUGCUUUCAUUUUUGUCAUGACCAUGUACACUCAGCUUUAUAACAGGGUAAGAAAACGCUCUUGACAUCUACAGAAUUGAGUUAAUUAACGUCUGGAAAUAUAGGUGCUCCAUCCCUCUUUAACCCUACCGUGUUUUACAUCUGCAGAUAUAACAGGUGUCAUUUGUCGUGUGAUCAAAUGCAUGCCAUCCUGGCACCGAUACUGCUGCUGUCUCUUCGUAAACAUGUGACCUUUGCUUUGUCCCAUGUCUAGACUGUGUCCUCUUUAUUAUUUUUUUCUGACCACAAGUUGGCUUUUCUGCUUAUCUGCAAAGAAUCUCACAGGCACAGCUUAAUACUGAGAAUGUCUUAAAGCAAUUAAGAAAUUAAGCUUGAGUGGAAAAGGAGAGCAAACCAAAGCAAUAUUAAUAAGAGAGAGACUUUGUAAUGUAAUCAAUGCAUUCAAAAGUUCUUUCCGAGUUUGGGAGAUCAGAUUCCCCCAGUGGUACUUAGCACAAAAUAGUGUGUAUGCCAUCUGUGCAAGCUUGGGUUAUCUUUUUUAAAAUGGGGACCGCACCAAAUAUGUUCUUCAGGCAAGACGUAAUUUCUGAGAUGCUCAACUUGCUUAGGCGUGUAGUAAAAUUUCUCGAUGAGUUUUGAGGCACUGCCAAAAUACUGUCAUGCAGAGGAAAGAUUCCUGCUGUUUGCUUCUUCAGUCAGCAGUUUGCCUGAAUUGCUGUUCUUGGUUUCCUUUCAUAGGUAUCCUUUGGCUGGAGUUCUGUCAAGAUUGAUAUGAGUGCCGCCAGAAGAGACCCCCGCCCAAUCAUCCCGUUUGGGUUGUCUGCAUUUGCUGCAUCUUUAUUUGCUUUGGGGCUGGCAUUGGGAACAACUAUAGCUGUUGGUAUGUUGUUUGUUAUCCAGGUGAGUCUGAUGGUUUUUCUUACAAAAUGGCUAAAAUCUCUGAGAUUUUGGUAGGACACCAACCCAUGAUGUGUGGAGGGGGGGAGACCUGAUUCUUUAAGCCUUGUUAUAUUGCAAAUCAUUGUGUCUUCUGGGUCAUCUUUUGGUGCUGAGAUGAGCUCCUUUGAAGGUGCACCAUCAUUGCCAAUCAGCUGAUCAAGGCGGACAGCACUCGUUCAGCUUGCUCGCUGUCAGCACUCAUCAGCUGAUAGGCUUCAUCAGUGCACUUGGGAAUUCCGGAGGGGCAGCUAAGUAGUGCAGCCCAUCCCAGUCGCAUCAUUACAAUCCCCACAAGUGUUGGGCAGGUCAGAGUGGUUUGGGGAAAACAGUCACAUGCCUGAUUCAGACCCCUCCUGGGCCUAGUUAGACCCACGUGAUAGAGGUUCCCCACCAUGGCUAUAGAGGUGAACAAUUCAGAGAGUAGUCUUAACUGGUUGAGCUUUUAGAAAGUUGCUUUUUAUUUAUGACUAUUCUGAUGAUGAAACAUUUCAUCCUUAAGAUCAAGCAGGGGUGGAAGACUCAACUUGUGGUUCCACCAUGAUUUACUUGGUAGGCCCCACAUCUGGAAUAAUCUCACCUGAGUUGUUUGUCUGUCUCCCUCAUUGAUGGCUUUCAGAUGUCACCUGACAAUAUUUUUAUUUGCACAGGUUUUUGUAACUGAUAACAGAAUGUUUACUCCUCAGAAGCAAUGUAGGUAUGGCAAAUCACUAUAGCCCAAAUACCUACAUAUAUGGCAAUGUCACAUUAUACAUACUGUUAUAUUCCUUGUGUUAUUUUGAUGUACAUCGCUCUGAGCUUUUUUGAAGAAAGAGCGAUCUAGAGAUAUCCUGCAUAAAUGAAGGAAUAUAAUUCAUAAAAAUGUUUCUCUGUAGGGUCCUGAAUGCAGACCCUGUUAAGUGAUUUUGGUUUGAUACACUUCUGUGGAUAAAUCUCUCUCUCCUUUUCUUUUUCAGUUGAAAGUCAUUUUAAGAAACAAAACUUCAAUAGAAUCAUGGAUUGAAGAAAAGGUAGGAUUUCGUUCUGAUGCAUUUUAAAAAUAUAUUUUGCAUUAGAGCUGCUCGGUCAGCUGAGAAACACCCCCCCCCCUUUUACAUUGAAUGGAGGGAAGUCUUUGCAGAUGCUUCCCUCCAUAAAGAUCCAUAAAGACAAGGCUACUUCUUCCAUUGAAUUGAUGAGUGUUUCCCACACUUAAGCAAUACUGUAUAUGUGUUGUGUAUCCAGACAAUAAAGUGAGCAGCAGCUCCAGAAACUGGAAAUAGUCUUUUAAUACUCACUGUGACUGUAUCACUAGAGGUCAGUAUAAUAUAAGGAAUUUACUGCUUACUUGUAUUAGAUAAUAUUUGUUCAAGAUGUACAAAUGUGAAACAUUUGUAGUUUACAAAAGCAACUCAGGUUAGUAAAACCAAAGUUAGUGUGAUACUGACAGUUUUGAAAUGGAAAUUUUCUUAUUAUUAUGUCUUUUAAAAAUGCACAUUUUUGAUACUUCACAUAAAAUUCCACAGCCAUCUCUCUGGACAAAAGUUGAUUCAUUUAAUCUCUACAUCAUUAUAUAAAGAACCUCAACCUAUAAUAAUAAUCUAUUUUUGGUCUUGAAAAUACAAAGUCUUAAAAAGCUUAUUUGCCUAGAUACUUAUAUAUCAUAGCUCCUUACCUCUGGUUCUUGAAUCCGCCAGACUCUUACCUUAGGACCCUGCAAAUUGUAGCUUCUCACUCCUCAUAGGUUCAUUUUGCCCGAGUACCGGAGUAUCAAACCACAUGUUACUGGUCUAUAAUUUACAUCAUCCCAGACUACUGGCAUGAUAUUUGAGGCUGUAAGAGUUCACAAUAUGUGGAAGGCUAUCCAUGUCCUGGGAUGUAAUUUUGAGUACUGGGUUUCUCUUUUUUUCCUCCACCUGACAAGUACACUGGGUGCUAGCUCCUUUUAAUUCUAUUUCUGGUCACUGUCCAUUUCAUUUGGAGUUGCGCAUGAUUUCUUCUGAGGCAAAAGAGCCACCGUUCACUCUCCCCUGCUUCUUAUGUAUUAAAGUACAUACAAUCCCUAGACUGUGCCUACAACUAGCUUUAGGAUUUUAUUGUCACAUUGUACUUGCAGGCCAAAGACCGCAUCCAAUAUUACCAAACAAGAGAGACCUUUAUUUUUCCGUAUGACCUGGGAAGCAAGUGGAACAAUUUCAAGCAAGUGUUCACAUGGUCUGGAAACCCAGAGGGCGAUGGCUUGGAGUGGCUCACAAAGGAAGGCUGCCAUCAGUACAGUUUGACUGUAAGCUACUAUUCUUCACCUCCUCCCCCCACUAUGAGAUUAACUUAAUUAUAGUGAAAGCUGAGAAAUUGUACUCCUGUCUAUCUGUCUAUUUCCCCAAAGACACUCAAAGCAGAUAACAGUAAUAACAACAGAAAAAUAGAAAAUGUAAUCCCUAAAGAAAACCCCACAUGCCUCAGUAUACAUUCAGAGCAGGAAGUUAACAAUAUCCAACCCUUUUAAUGAUUCCAGCAAAAAUACCACAGAACUGGGCCAGUCUUAAUUCUCCUAUACGUUUUCUUUUGCAGAUAGAGCAACUGAAACAAAAAGCAGACAAGCGAGUGAGAAGUGUAAGUAUGUCUGCACUGCUGGUGUUCUAGCAUAUUGCACUGAAAUCUGCCUGGGCUGAAUUAAUUUAUUAAUAUAAUUUAUUUUUAAAAAUGUAAGAUAAUAGGAUUUUGAAGUUAAUUUUGGGGGGAAGCAUUUCUGCUAGGCAUGUGAUAGUCUCAUUACAGAAUAAAGCAUAAGUGUAUAGUGUAUAGGAGGGGUAACUAACUCAUAGACGUACCAGACCCCCAAAAGUUUUUUGUGGCCCCCAAGUCUCCCACAAUUAAUCUUUUUUUUAGUUGACUACUCCUGUGGGUCCCUGGUAGGAACACUACCAGUUGAAAACAGAAGUCUGAGCUCAUGUCUCAUUUUCAGCAUGGAUAAGGCACUUUGUAGUCAGCAAGUAGCAUCAAGAAAUGCAUUUUUAACAGAAUCUGACAAAACCUUCAGGUGCGGUACCAAGCAAUAGAAGACUACAGUGGUGCCUGUUGCCCUCUUACAAAAGGCUUGAGGACGUUCAUCACGACUCCAUGCACUGAAGAACCAAGAAUUUCGCUUCGUAAAGGGGAUCAGAUUUUAGCUACUAGAGGCUUGAAGUUAGUACUUAUUUUGUUAUUCAAAGUUCCACUGAAAGAUAAUCCUGGGGUGAACAGUUUUACCAAUUAAUUUAUUUAUUAUCUUUCAGACACUGGAUGUAUGGAGACAAAAUUGACUCGGCAACUGAUGGUAAUUUUGCAUUUGUGUGCAUUACACUUUUUAAACUACAGUGUUUCAUUUCAAUCUUACAAGUGAAUCCAAAACUGAUUUCACAAAUUCAUUACUUUUCAAUGCUUCCAAACACAAAAAGUGUGAAACAGAACCAGGCCCUGGUCGGAGAAAUAGGUGGGGGGGGUCUGAUACAAUUAAAAAUUAAACAUUUAUCUAAACAUGAGGCUUUCAUGUUCUCGAGUUCUAAGGGCAAGGCCUUCCGAAGAUAACCUAAGAGUAGCUUGCAAACAGCAUGCAAAACCUGCAGAAAAGGAGAAUCAGAUUGACACAGCAUCUACUAGUGACCCAAACAAGAGCAAUGUGCUCACCAUCCAUCUGCUGACACUUACCAUAUCUAGGCUAGGUUUCAGCAGAAUAUUAACUGCUUAUCCAUAAACUGACAAGUGUGUUAUUUUGGUUAGAGAUUGCUGGACCUCUGUGAUUUAGAGAACAGCCAACAUCACCUGGAGAGUACCCCAUUUGGCUCCCCCUGUUCUGCAAUGAUUUGGGGAGGUAGGGAAGUAAAGAUGUCUGGGAAAUGCUAUGUUUUAUGGCUAAUUUCUGCUGUUUUCUCUCACUGCUAGAUGGCAACAGAAUCAGAGGCUGGUUUCCAAGGAGGUGCGUAGAGAAAUGCCUGUAUGAUUCUGAAACAGAUCAGCCAUUGGACAAGGAGAAGAAAACAAGAUAA